AUGGAAUUACUCAAGACGAGCUAUAUUAAUACUGACAUAGAUCCCUUCUAUGUUGGUGGGACUUCCGCUACGCUUUCUGGUGACGGAUCCCUCUUAGCUACACCUGUACUAGAAGAUGUUGUCAUUACCAAUCUUGAAACUAAUGAGGUUUUUGAAAAGAUUGAAGGAGAUGAAACAUUAGUGACUAGCUUGGUGAUGACUCUAGAUGGUGAAAACUUGGCUAUUCAGUCACAAUCUCAACAGUUGAAAAUAUAUAAUUUGAUUCAACGCAAGAUUAUAAAAACCUUCAAAAUGUCCUCGCCAGUUUAUAUAUGUGCAACCGACAAGACAUCAUCAUUAUUUGCGUUCGGUGGCUCCGAUGGAAUCAUUACUGUUUGGGACAUAGAAGGUAGCUAUGUAACACACUCUUUGAAGGGUCAUUCGACAACGGUUUGCUCUUUAACAUUUUAUGGAGAUUACAAUUCUACAGAUUGGAAAUUAGCUAGUGGGGAUAUUAUGGGAACAGUAAAGAUUUGGGAUCUCGUCAAACGAAAAUGUAUUUCGACUAUAAAUGAACACAAUAGUGCUGUUAGAGGCGUAGGCUUCAAUAAGGAGGGUGACCGCUUUAUAAGUGGUGGUAGAGACAGUGUUGCAAUAAUAUAUGACACCAAAAAAUUCAGAGCCCUAAGCACUUUUCCAAUUAAUGAACAAAUUGAAAGUUGUGGCUUUAUUUCUUAUCAGGACAAGGAGUUUUUCUAUACUGCGGGUUCGGAGAACGUAUUCAGAUUGUUUGAUAUUUUAACAGGUAAUCUAGUUGCAAGCUCGCCUGCUCCAUUCAGGACUAACGAAGAGCUCAUGAUAAUUGAUGUGAAAAUAUUGGAUGAUGAUGAAAUUUAUUUGGUAAUAAGUGAUCAAACUUUAGUGAAACUUGACAUGAAUGUAGAGCAAACAGACGCAGUUUCUGAAUUUCCUAUUGUUAAGCGUCUUGCUGGAAACCAUGGGACAAUCGUCGACCUCAGAUAUGUUGGUCCACAUCAAAACUUAAUAGCGCUAGCAACAAAUUCUCCUUCUUUAAGGAUCGUUGAUCCUCAGAGACCGUUCGAAAUGAAAAUAUAUGAGGGCCAUAAAGAUUUAUUGAACGCGUUGGACGCCUCGGAAGAUGGUAGAUGGAUCGCAACAGCAAGUAAAGACCAUGAGGCCAAAUUAUGGAAGUGGGACGAAGGUAUAGGUGACUUCGUUCUUUAUGCUACAUUCCAAGGCCAUGUUAGCUCAGUGACAGCAUUGAGUCUAUCUAAAUCUCAAGAAAUACCUUCGUAUUUGAUAACUGGAUCUAAUGAUUAUACUGUUAAGAAGUGGAGAAUCCCACUGACUCAAGGAUCAUCUGUAAAAGUUUCUGAAUACACAAGAAGAGCACAUGAUAAAGAUAUUAAUUCGAUUGACGUUGCACCUAAUGAUGAAUUUUUUGCAACUGCCUCUUACGAUAAGGUAGGUAAAAUUUGGAAUUUCGACACAGGUGAAACAAUUGCUAUAUUAAGCGGGCAUAAAAGAGGCUUGUGGGACAUCAACUUUUGUAAAUACGAUAAGUUGGUCGUCACAGGAAGUGGAGAUAAGUCGAUAAAAAUCUGGUCAUUAACAGAUUUCACAUGUAAGAAAACAUUAAUAGGGCAUACUAAUGCAAUUCAAAGAGUGAAGUUUUUCAACAGAAAUCUUCAGGUAUUAUCCACAGGAGCUGACGGCUUAAUCAAAUUAUGGGAUAUCAAACAGGAAGAAAAUGUCCAAACUUUAGCAAAUCAUAACAAUAGAAUCUGGUCACUUGAAACGAAAAACGAUGGCGAGGAGUUUGCAACUGGUGAUGCUGAUGGACAAUUAUCUAUAUGGAAAGAUAACUCGGAGGAGAAGUAUCUAAGAGAACAACAAGAAAGGGAGUUGAAAAUUGAACAAGAACAAAACUUAAAUAAUAUGAUGGGGUCUGGAGACUGGUCGAAUGCGUUCUUAUUGGCAUUGACUUUAAAUCACCCAAUGAAACUUUAUAAUAUCCUCAAGCAAACCAUUGCAAUGAAACAAGACGAAGAGUCUGUGAUUGGUUCAAAGAGACUAGAAGAGACUAUAAGCAUGUUAGAUGAGGAGCAAUUGUUUCUUUUAUUCAAAAAGAUAAGAGACUGGAACGUCAAUUUCAAAUUAUUCGAAAUUGGGCAAAAAGUUGUUAAAGUAAUUUUAGACAAUUUUGAGGCCGAUAAAUUGAUUAAUAUUCCAGGUUUGAUGAAAAUUAUAGACUCAAUAAUUCCUUAUAAUGAAAGGCACUACAAUAGAAUUAACGAUUUACUUGAGCAGUCAUUUAUAUUGAAUUACACGGUAGAUGAAAUGAAUAAGAUUAUAGCUUGA